ACCUGCUCUAUUCUUCUAUAUUGCGAGGUGUAAUACCAUUUCCAUUUUCCUGUGUUUUGUGAUUCUGAUUUCAAGAGAUAUGGGAGGGGGCAUAAAAGAAGAAGAGGAGAGUCUCAGCGUGACCCUCGAUCUUCUCAAGAAGAAAAUGGAUGACUUUUCUAAGGAAAGAGAUUGGGAAAAGUUUCACAGCCCCAGAAAUCUGCUGUUGGCCCUGGUUGGGGAAAUUGGAGAACUUUCUGAAAUAUUCCAAUGGAAAGGUGAGGUCCCCAAGGGACUGCCUGACUGGAAAGAGGAAGAAAAACAACACCUUGGUGAGGAACUUUCAGAUGUUUUGCUUUACCUCAUCAGACUCUCUGACAUGUGCGGCGUUGAUCUUGGUCAAGCUGCCCUCCGUAAACUCCAACUUAAUGCACUCAAGUACCCAGUUGAUGGAUCUUCGAAUGAGUACGAAAAUGUCAACAAUAAUAAUGACACCGCAGGCGCAGAUUGAAUAGUUCUGGUUCCUUUGCUCUAGCUAAAGUCCAGCUAUGUCUUAACUACUCGUCCUGCUAUAAAUUGAAAGUUAAGGCCGUGUUAGGAGUGGUACAAUAAUAUUAAGUAGGCUUAGGUCGGUUGCAUGGGAAUUUAUUUUAUGACCUUUAUUGGUUGCCGGACUGAGUCUCUUUUGGCUGAUGGAUAAUUUAUAUUUCCAUAAUUUCUUGCUUUCCUUUA